AUGUCUGACGAAAUCGUCUGGCAGAUCAUCAACCAGCAGUUCUGUGCUUUCAAACUCAAGACAACCAAGGGCAACAACUUUUGCAGAAAUGAGUACAACGUCAGCGGCUUCUGCAACAGGCAGAGCUGCCCCCUAGCCAACAGCCGUUAUGCGACCGUCAGAACCUCGCCCAAGGGCACAAUAUACCUUUACAUCAAGACCAUUGAGAGAGCCCACAUGCCCUCCAAAUGGUGGGAGAAGAUCAAGCUGUCGCAAAACUACGCCGAAGCCCUCCAGCAAAUAGAGGACCGCCUCCAAUACUUCCCCAAAUUCCUCCUCCACAAGUGCAAGCAGCGCCUCACCCGUCUCGUACAAGUCGCGACCCGCAUGCGCAAACUCGCCGCCGAGGAAGACCGUCUCGGCGAGAAGCUGGUGCCCAAGAUGGCGCCCAAGGUCAAGCACCGCGAAGAGGCCAGAGAGCGCAAGGCCCUAAUUGCCGCCAAGCUGGAGAGGACGAUCGAGAGAGAGCUGCUGGAACGUCUCAGGCAAGGAAUGUACGGCGACCAGCCCCUCAACUGCUCCGAGUCUGUCUGGAAGAAGGUGCUGCAGGGUCUUGAGAAGGAGGGCGAGGGUACCCGCGACAAGGAUCUGGAUGAGGGCAUCGAGGACGAGGAUGAGGAGGAUGAGGAGGAGGAAGAGCUCGAGGAGGAGAUCGAGGACGGCAAUGUCGAAUACGUGUCUGACUUUGAGGAGACCGACGACGAGCUCAACGAUAUCGAGGACUGGCUCGGCAGCGACGACGAGGAUGAUGCGGAGGACGACGAUGACGAGGAUGAUGAUGACGACGAUGAGGGCGACAGCGAGGAGGAUACCAAGAAGAAGACAAAGGCUGGCGACAAGAGGAAGAGAGGAAAGGUCACCAAGAUGAAGGCACGGAAAAAGAAGGAGAUCGAGGUGGAGCACGAGACGGACAGGGAGAAGUUGCUUGCUUUCUAAAAGAGGGACGUGGGAGAUUUGUUAUCGUGGUUGUUGUUGAUGUACUAGAUGAUGAUACCUUGGCAUCUGGCAGAUUGGUCACCGGUCUUGACAUUCUGUCAUGUAAUGAUUACAUGGCUCGUAGAAUAAGAGCUCUUUUCAUG